AUGUUGCAGAAGCUCUGGCUUUUCGCAGCCCUUUUUGUGCUCGCUUCCCUCUCCUCGUCGUUCAACUUCGACGACAUACAUCUUGACGGCAUCGAGGAGUAUCUGCACCACGGCCAGAGGCGACAGAUUGCCGGCACAGGCAGUACACCUACACCAACACCUCCUGUAUCAUCAGCUCAACCACCGUCGACAACACCAUCGCCGCCACCACCACCACCUCCAUCGACUCCCACGCCUACACCGACAGAAGCCCAAACCUCCGAUCUGCCCACAUCCAACGAACCCGCAGCCUCCACACCAGCACCGUCGAGCGGAGGAAACAACCAACCACAGUCCUCGUCACCACGCACGAGUGCAGCACCGCCAGCUUCGAGCGAUGCACCAGUCACUUCUACCAGGACAACGGCCAUUGUGAGGACCAGUCACCUCGUAUCCACCUCACUCCAGAAAUAUGUCACCGUAAUCACAACGAUUAGCAAUGGCCGGGAAAUCAUUACUACUUCAACGGGUACUAGCAGCAUCGUUACCACCACCGGCCAGGCACUCGUUACCUAUCCACCCACGUCUCAGAAGAACGACAGCGACGGCGGUAGCGGCCUGAGCAAGACCAACAAGAACAUCAUCGGCGGUGUCGUCGGCGGUGUUGGCGGCGCCCUCCUGUUGGGAGGCAUCGCCCUUGUCUUCUGGCGCAUGAAGAAGCGUCAGCACAAGGUCAGCGCCGACGAUGACGAUCUCAUGGUCAACACCGGCGCUGCCCUCGGCGACAAAUUCGACAACGGGAGCGCAAAUUCGCCCUUCCAGUCAAACCUCGAACAGUACCACAAUCCCGGUGGACGCCCCAACGCGGCUGCCAACUUCUAG